AAGCAUUUCUCAAGAAGCGAGCAUCAAAACUGAAGUGAAAUUACAUCUUACGACCAUUUAUUUUAUAUCAAUGAAUUAUUUUGAAAUUUUUUAAUUGGUAAAAAUAAAAACUAAGCAGUUGUUACCCGUGAAAGAAGACUGUAUUUUAUGCUGUUCAAUGGCUUUCAACCCAGAUGAUACCUUUUCAAAGUUUUUAGAGUUUUGUAAACCUUACUUAGAACUACAGAAAUCUACAGAACUUAUUAAAUUACUUCAGAAAAGGUUUAGUGACUGUAAAGAGGAGUACAAGAAGUCUUUAGACUUUGCAGAUUUGACAGAAAUUACCUGUGCAAAAAUAGAAAGUGAUAGUAAAAAUAUAUUUAUUCAUCUUAGAGAUUAUCUGGCUGAUUUAAAGUCUAACAACGACAAAAAAAGGAAAAGGGAGGCAAAUCUUCAUGAUGAAUAUGAUGCACCAAGUCCAAAAUCAUCAAAAGGGGAGACAAGCGAUGUUGAUAGUGAUGGGAGUUGGAAUAAAUUUAUUAGGAAGACUGCAACUGCUUGCGAAAAAGAUAGAACAGAAUAUUCAGAAGUAAAUAAAACAAAAGAAGUAAUUUCCAAUGUUGAGGAACAAAUGUGUAUAACAAUAGAUGAUAGUGACGAGGACACAGAAAGUGGUGCUAUGAAUUUAACAGUCACGAAAUUACAAAAUAGUACAUCUAAACAACCUGACAAAUCCCAUGUUAAAGAUAUAGAUAAGAAAGUACAAAAUCAUACCAAAAACAUAUCUCACACAAAUAAGCUCAAACUGGUGCAAAGCACUACAAAGACUCAGACUGUCUCAUCAACUACAAAUAUAUGCAACUCAGGUCUCAUACAAAAGUUUCACAAAGCUAUUGACAGUACUUACUACCCUGCUAAAAGUAAAAAACAGUAUAAGCUUGUUUCAAAUACACAGUUGACAGAAUCAGACAAAUGUGUAAACAAACAUCCAAGCACGAAACCCCUAAAUGACAUUGAAACUAUCGUAUUAGAUGAUGAUGAUGAUGAAGAUGAGGAUAAAAAUGAAGAUAGAAAUGAAAUACAAAACAUGAUUAGGAUUGAUAAAAAUCUGACUUCAGUAAAUCAAGAGAAGAAUAUAAAUAACAAAGAAUCUAGUCAUUCAAACACAAAUGUAAAGGAAAUGUGUGAAACUAUAGACAUUGUAAAUAGUACACAAGAUACUGUUAAUACAGAACCAAGUACAAUACAAAUCAUCGAAAAGGAGACAAAGGGCAAACAAUUAACAGACAAAGAAACAAAUGAUAAUGUGGAUGAAGUUAAAGGUUCUGAACAGAAAACAGAAGCAUGUACUCAACAGAAAAUUCAAAGUAGUCCUAAGGUUGAAACUUCAGAGAAAGCAAAAUCAGAAUGUAGGAAAGCUGAACUUACUAGUGAUAAAGAAGGAAGUCAAAUAUCAAAAGACUGUAAGGUGGUGGUACCAAAUUAUGUAGAUAAGGCACAGAAAGAAACUAGUGUGAAAGUAAUAGAAUCAAAUAUUCAAAAAGCUUCUGAAACAGAGAAGUCUGACGUUCAUGAUGACAAGCCUAUCAGUUCUUUGAUUGAAAGAAAUGAAAAUUCAGAGAAUGAAAACCAAGAAACAAAAAAGGAAGAAAGUCAUACAGGCACCAGUGAAAAACCCAAUGAUCAGCAUGUAGCAAGAGUAAUUUGUAAUGGUGAGCAUGCAGCAAAAGAAAUUACCAGUGAUCAACAUGCAGCAAAAGAAAUUGGCAAUGAAGAAAAUGUUGAAGCAGAAAAUGGAUCUGUAGCAAAUGUAGACAAACAAGAUGAACAGAAAGCAGAAAAGGCUAAAACUGGCUCAAAAAAACAAAUAGCUAGACUUGAAAAACUACUAGAGGAUUUAAGAAAUAAGAUAGAAGGUCUUAAAGAAAGGGAGGUUACUCUUGAUGAAAUGGAUGAUGAGUGUUCUUCAUACAUUUUGGAAGACAAGUACCAACAAAAGUUUGUCAAAGUAUGGAAAAAAUUAUGUGAGCUGAAGAAUAAAUCGGCAGCCACUGGCCGUCCUAUUGAAAGAAGGUUCAAGUAUUCAGGAACACGUUACCCAGAGAUAAACCGAAAGCUGGAGAAAUUUGUAAAUAAAAGAAAGGAAUUUCCAGAUUAUCAUGAUGUUAAAGCUGUCAUUACCAAAGUUAACCAAGACAAAAAGAUUGGUUUAGGAUCUACAGCAAUUGAGAGAUUAGCAAGAGAAGCAUUCUUAGAUGUGGGAGAAUCUCUUCAGAAGAGACGACGACAAGAUUUGGCAUACACCUCAGCUGGACAUAUUAAGGUUGUUGAUAGGCUACCAGAAGAUCCUGCAUCACAUGACCCGGAGCUGAAGAAAAAGUUGAAUGAAAAUAGAAAACAUUACAAAGAGAAAAUGGAACAGGUGAUGAGUAAAUAUGCUGAUAUUGCUACAGCUACUGAACCCAUUGAAGAAGAGAAUCAGUCAGAAGAGGAAGAUGAGGAAGAGGAAACCAGUCAAAACAUUGAUGUACCAGAAAUAACUACAAUCCUUGAAGACAGAAGAAGUCCAGUAUUAGAAAUCUUAGAGCAGGUAUCGCCUACCACAUGUAGGUCACAAGGCAGGGAUACAGAUCAUUCUGAUGUUGAAAUGGAAACAGAAUCUUUUAUUAUUGAAACUGAUUAUGCUGAAGAUGUUGAGUUUUCUACAGCAACAGACUAUAGUUCAAUCACUGAAGAAAAGACAUCUGGUGAUGAAGAUGCAACAGGAAGUCCAGCAGUAUUAUGGGAAAUUGAUGAAGAUAGCAUCAGUAAGGUGGCAAUUCCUGACAAAACAGAUUGUUAUGUAGAUUUAGGCAGCCCUGUUCAGAUUCACUCAGCUUUUGUUGAAAAUAUUUCAAUUCAUCAAAAUUCAGAAAUUAUUUAUGAAAGAAAAUCUCAUAAUCAAAAAGAUGAAGAUGAAGAAUGUCCAAUUUUGUACACUGCAGUUAAAAUUGAUGACUUUGAAAAAGAAACAAGCUUGAAAAAUGAUGAUAACCCCUCAGGUAAAAGCAAAGUAAAAAUAUUAUCUGUUGAUCUAACUGCAAGUAAAAGCCGAGUAAGGAUAUUAACUGGUGAUGAUGAUCUUUUUGAAAUGUCUGGUGUAGAAGAAAUGUCAGACUCUGAUGAAGAUAAUGGCAAUUGCUGUAGUGAAAUAACAGGCAUUAUAGAUAGAAUAGGUUCACCAGUCAAAGAUAUUUUGGAUUUAGAUGAAAAUGAAUUACAUAAACAAAAAGAAAAUUUAAAUGAGAAAUCCAACAGUUCUUCAGAUAUAAUUGAAGUUAAAAAGGGGUGUUCUGUAUGCAAUAUAGACAAGGGAAAUGAAUUGACACUUAUUGAUAAGUUGUGUUCAUGUGUAAGGUCAGAACAGGUGAAAAAUAGGGUAAAAAAUUUGUUACAUUUUCCUCAAAGUGACAAUACUUUAAUAGAAAAAAACACAGAAAAGGAAUUAGCAAAAGAUAAUCAUUGUAUUUCUGACCAAAGUGUGAAACCAAUUUCAGAUUCUCAGAAAAAUUUAGAAGAUAACAGUCUAUUCAUUUCCGAUACCAAAAGUACAGCUCGUAAUGUUUUGUCUUUGAAAAUUGGGAGAAAUAAGGCAGAAAAAAAUGAUUCAAUUGAGCAAGGAAAAAAUGCUGAUAGAAAAGGGAAUUUCCACAAUUCAAAAGACUUGUCAUCCAAUGAGCCUGAUGGUAAUUCUGAGGUAGCAGCAGAAGUAAAGGUCACCAAAACAAUGGGGGGAUGGAAAACCCCUUUUUCAGACUCGCCUAGUCAGUCAUUAGAUUCGGUUAGUGACUCGGAAGGUAUUAUUGAGUUAAAUUCAGCCAAAGAUUCAGAAGGUAUUAUUGAGUUAGAUUCAGUUAGAGAUUCAGAAGGUAUUAUUGAGUUAUCACUUGGAGGAUCAUCAGAAAGUGUUGAAAGUACUCAAGAAACUUUGGAAGAAGCUGAAGAUAAUGAAGUUUUAACAAAGGCUGGUGAUUCUGAAAAACGUAAUUCAUUGUCAAAGACAAAUCCAUUUUUUAAAAUUAUUGAUGUGACUAGUAUUGAUCUAGAUGAAUAUAACAGUGAUUCUUCCAACAAUCCUAUUGGGAACACUGAUACUUCAAAACAGACAGUAAUUGAAACUGAUACUUUGGAGCAUCCUGUAAGGAACAAGACAAAGGUAGUGGAAUAUGCAAGUCCUCUCUCAGAAGAAUCAAAAUCUAGGAAUAAAAUUACGAGUUUAUUUGGUAAAGUGGACAAAAUUUCUAAUUUUUUAUCUGGGAAAGUUCAACAGAACUCUAAACAGAUAUGCAGCUCAUCUAAACAGAAAGAUUCAAUACCUCAGCAUGCUCAAAAUAAUGUUUUAAAGAACACUACACUAUCUAUAGAUCUUGAUAAGUCCAUAGUUACAGAAUCAGAAAAUGCAGUUUCUUCUUUAUCUGAUUUGCAAGCUAGCAACAAAGAAAAGAAGGAGAGCAAUCUUUUUAACAAAGAGAAGUGGAAUAAAGACUUUGUGAAAAAAUCUUUGUGUAAAGUAAAAGGGAAAUUAUCUUUAGCAAAAAAGCACAUUUCAGAUUCGGAAAGCAGUGACGAAGGAGAUGAUAUCCAAAUUAUUCAGGAAGAAAACAUGGAUAGGGACUCAAGGAGGAAAGAGGAAAUUAUUGUUUUGUCAGACUCUGACUAAUGGAGUUGUUGAUAGUCUGUAUUAUGGAUAAUCUGUAUUACAUACAUAACUGGCAAUCAUUAUUUUGGCAAAUUAUCAGAUAAUUUGGACUAUUCAGGGAAUUUUAUGCAUUAUAUUUGUCAAAGACCAUGAAAGUUUUUGUCUUGCCUGCGAUGAAAGAAACAGAAUUUGAGACAUAGGGAUUACAAUCCGGUGGCAGCUAUAGGAUAACUAUAUUUAGUACAUAUGGGUUUCUUGCAACGUCUGCAUGUCCAUCAGACAGUGUUCACCUGACCUCAUUUCAUGGAUGAGAGAUCAAUGUUAAAUUUACAUGAUUAGGUCUGUUUCUUAGAUAAAAUAAGCAGAAUGUUUACUAUAUCAGUUGUAUAUUGGGUGUAUGGAACGAGUGUAAGGUGUAAAUGUCAAUCUGACAUGUAUCAUCUGACCUUUACCUCAUUUUCUUGGAUCAUUUGGUCAUUGUAAAUUUUCUGUAGUUUGGCCCUCUUCUCAGAUAUGAUAAGUAAUAGGUCAAGUAUACUUGGGGCAUGGAAUGAUUGUAAGGUGUACAUGUCUGUCUGGCAUGUAUCAUCUGACCUUUACCUCAUUUUCAUGGUUCAUUUGGUCAUUGUAAAUUUUCUGUAGUUUGGCCCUCUUCUCAGAUAUGAUAAGUAAUAGGUCAAGUAUACUUGGGGCAUGGAAUGAUUGUAAGGUGUACAUGUCUUGACCUGGACCUCAUUUUUAUGAUUCAUUGAUCAACAUUAAUAUUUUGUAGUUUGGUCUAGUUCUUUGAUACUAUAAGCAAAAGAUCAACUAUAUUUGGUGUAUGGAAUGAUUGUAAGGUGUACAUGUCUGUAUGGCAGGGUUUAUCUGACCCUGACCUUAUUGCCAAUGAGCAUUAAUAAUGUUUAGUUUAUGCAAUACUUGUAGAAAAAACCUUUAUCUUUAAGACUUUCAUCAUUAAAUCAAUCAUGGUCAGUAAAGCAGGCGAAACAUUUCAGUGUGUGCACUUUUGUUACUAUAACUUGUUGCUUUAUAAUUUGAAAUUGAAUAAUCCUAGUACAUGCAGGUUUGUAUGCCCCAAAUUUGGUAGGAGGGAGACAUGUUUUCUGGUCUGUGCGUCCAUACCUCCCUUUUCAAGUAAAAGUUUUGGCUUCAGGUAGUUUGAUAUGCAGUCAGGUAAGAAUAAAUUCUAUGUUUUAGUAAUACUAAUCAUCAUAUGUUUUAAGUUCUAAACAUCAGUUUUUCCCUGUAAAACAUCUUUGAAAAAAUGGUUAUGAUUAUAGUAACUUUAAUAAGAGUAAUGUUACUUGCUGAUAAACUAAAGAUGAUAGAACCAAACUUUUGUUAAAAUAUUUUAUCCCCACAUUUCCAAUUCAAAGUACUUUUGGACAUAUAAUUUGAUAUUCAGGAAUGUGCUAUUCAAUCAAAAUUCCCUAUACUUCAACACUUGUCCAUACAUGAUUCAAACAUAGUAAUUAGUGGAUAUAAAAUUGUUAUGUCAAUAGGAGCAUUUUCCAAUGCAAAAAUUUAACAGAAUACAUACAGAUGCAUGAACUUGAAAAUUUAUCGAGUAACCUCAAUAUAAUUAAGCAUGAGGUUGCAAGUACAGCAAUGGAAACAAGAACGAAAAUCUUUAAUCAUCAUAGAUUAUUAAAAAAAUAUGAGUAGAGUUAAUAACGUUAUACAAUUUUAAACUCAAAAAUCUCAAAUAUUUAGGAUUUUUAUGGUUCUCUUUUCACAAAUCAUGCCUUAAAAAAAUAUGAAAAAGGGGACUUCCAGUCUAAGUUAAUGAUUUUCACAUUAAGGAAAGGUUAAACCCUGGAUCCCCUUCCCUUCAGGAGCUGUUUCUUUCUUGUGUCCCUGUCCCUUUGGAUUCUUUUUGCAUCAAGUACUCAUAAAUUUCUACAAAAUUAUGAUUAAAGGGAAACUGAUACAAGUUAUAUCAAGUUCUUAACCAUGAGUUACUACCAUCCCUUAUUUCCAUUACUAUUGACUUUGUUUUUCGUUCAAUUGAAGUUACUAUCAUCACAUCUGUUUUUUAAUAUCCUUUGUUUAUUGCCUUUCCAAAGUAAUGGUUUUUGCCUUUUUUU